UGUGACGUAGCGACGCCGUGACGCAGCCGGCGCCAGGUGCGCUGUUCAGUGGUUAUGCUGAAUUAAACGAACAGAAUAUUGUCCUGUGCCUGGGGCUGUUUUCAGGAUUUUAAUGUACUGAGGAAUUAAGAUGGUUGAAGUAUUUAAUUGGCCAUAGCAGCAAGAGGAUGUGUAAGGAACGUUGUCGUGUUUAUUAGAGGGCAUAAUGCAGAAUCCUUUAACUUUUUCUGCAGAUGAACACAAAUCGCCUUCUGAUAUCAUACAAAGUUGUCAGAAGAAAAGUCAAUUUAGGACCAUCGCUCCAAAAAUGGUACCGAAAGUUCUAACAUCUGGAGUGGUUCCUUGUCUUCAGUCCCCUUUGYCUGAGCAAAAUACACCCAUUUCAGCUGCAGGGUCUACGCCGCUGGUAGUACCUACACAAAACUACACUGUGAUGCAGGUUGCUGCUCACGAGGGAACUUUCUCUGUUUUGGCUUUGCCUUAUGUUACCCCUGCAGUGACACAGCAAACGCAGCAGUCAAAGAGGAGCCCUCCUGAAAAUCUUAAGCUGCCUAUCCCUAGGUACCAAUCUGUGAGGAAUAAAUUGCUGGGUGAGAAAAAAACAACUCAAAUCUCUGUCCUGGUUGCACGUAACAAGACUGCUACCAAAGGUCAGGUCUCGUCCCAGGCUUCAGCGUUAGGUGAAGACUAUCCUGAGGCUCGUAGUAGUUCAGAUUCAGGUGAGCGAGUGGUGUCCGUGGACCGGGGUUCAGCUGAAAUUGCAGUUGCUGCAUUACUGAGUGAAGGUCACGGUGUGGAUCCGGGGGCUCCUUUGCUAGACAAAGCAGCUGUUACUAAAGGUAAUGAUUCUGGAGCAUCUGAAAUGAAGGAUUCAUUAACCAAGCCAGCAAGUACAGGUAAUCCCAUGAAGCACCCUGUGAAGACAGCAUUUGAAAACACAAAAAAAUCGCUCAUUGUGUCCAAGAAACUAAAAGAAAAAAGCACMAAUUCUGCAAAUUCGGUCACAAUACUGUCACCAGCAGUUUUGGGCAAUGUGGUACAACUGACUCCAUCUGCACCAAAGGGGAAGCUUCCAAUUCUGCCCUACUCAAGAGUGAAAAAUACAAUGUUUUCUAAAUCUAAGCAGAAUGCUGAUGCUAUAGGUGUAUCUAGCCCUUCACUAAGAGCUGAAUGUGAAAAGAUACCACCUUCGAUGAAAACCCUUCAUGUUCCUACUAAAGCAUCCGAUAAACGACCUGCUGUAUCUUUUACACAAGUCCCCAGGCAAGCCAUCCGAGAAAAUAACUUAUGUCCAUCCAAUAAAAUGGAUGCUGACAGCCUUAAAAAAAUGAAUGCUCUGCCCUCCAAAAGAAGAGGCAGAAAAAGAAGAACCCCAGAUGAUCUGUUGGCUUUUCAGUCCAAGCGGAGGAAAUGCCUUGUUAAUAAGUUCAGAGAAGGGAGGGAGAGGAUGAAAGUUGAUCUUCAGCAACCUCAAGACAAAAAAACAGAAGCAGUGAAAAAAUACCGUAGUAUUAGACCGAAGCCUGUGGUGGUUGUGCAGGCUUUUGCACCGCUGACUCCUGCAGCAAUAGUGGGCACAAAAUCUCCUGAUCAUUUAGAGCCGGGUCUUAUCUUAAAUAGCCCGCUUCCCACUAAAUAUGUAAACUACAAACAUAAUGAUGUCUCCUCCGCUAAAUCAAGCGACUUAAGUAGAAAUGUAUAUUCAACAGUACCUAAACUGUGGCAUAAAUGUCAUGUCUGCAACCAUAACUUCCAAUUUAAGCACCAUCUUCAGGACCAUAUGAAUACCCAUACCAACAAAAGGCCCUACAGCUGUCGGAUCUGCCGGAAAGCCUAUAUUCAUUCUGGAAGCCUGAGCACACACAUGAAACUGCAUCACAACGAAGGCAGGCCCAAGAAGCUCGUGUGCUGCGAGUUCUGUGCUAAGGUUUUUGGCCAUGCAAAAGUGUAUUUUGGCCAUCUGAAGGAGGUUCACAGGGUGGUUAUCAGCACAGAGCCCUCUACUAGUGAGCAGCAGCUGCAGGAUGCUUUAAAGAACAGAGAYACGAACAUGAAAGAGCCAGAAGAAGCAACAGAGAGAGGAAAUAAGUGCAACUUUGAAGACCUUUUCCAUAAUCCAGGAGAAGUCAAAUUACAGAUAAAAUGUGGUCGCUGCCAAUUUAUUGCACAGUCUUUUGCUGAAAUGAAGUUUCAUUUAUUGUGCUGUCAUGGAGAAGAGAUCCAAGGAAGAGUAAAGGAAGGGAUUUUGCAAGGAAAUAGAGGAACUAAAGGGGAAUUGGUCAAACAUGCAACUCAAUUUUGGAAAAAGCGCAAUGAGAGAAGAUGUUUAGCAAAAUCCAGUGCUCCAGAGGAGGAAUUUUAUAGUUUUCCAAAACUGAAAAGGCAAAUAUAUGUUCACCAUCAGAAUGAUGUGUUUCCUAAAAGUGAAAUAACUCAGUCAGAACCCAGUGAAGUAGCCAAGGAGAUGCAAAAUUCAGGUUGUGGUGCACCAAGCAAAAAAAUAGAAAUUUGGUCUAAGGCUGGAUAUAACUGCAUUUUAUGCAAACAGUUGUUUGGCAGAAAAGAAGAUCUUUGUAGUCAUUGGCAGAAUCAUCAUAACUGUGAAGACCCUUCUGUUUUAUGGACAAUUUUUAAUUUGUUCUCAAAACAAGGGAUUAUUGACCUUUCUAGUAGUGGUGAACAUUAAAGCUGAAUUUUGCAGUGCGGUGAAAAAUAGGAACUAAAAUCCCAAAUUAUUGUGUGCUUUUGCUGUGUUGCAAAACUAACUCAAGAAAAGUAUCCCUUGAAAAAUUUUUUUGUUUGUGUUUUCUUUUGGUUAUCAUUCUCAAUCUUUAUUCACCUCCAUUUUGUUAAAUAGAAAAUGUAUUAAGGAAAGAGAUACUCAAGGUACAUUAUAUUACCCAUGCAGAAAUGCGUCAGGUUGCAUGAACUAAUCUUGAUCUUCCAAAUUCUA